AUGAUCGACUACUACAUACAUAAAAACAGCCUUCACAUAAGCUCUAAGCGAGUCUUUGAAGGUUCUGAGUCGUUUACAAUGCUCUUUGUGCCUACGGUUCUUUUCCUUGCUUCUGCGUUGGUAGCGAAAGUCUCGGCGCACGGAUAUGUGCCCCAGAUCAAGAUUGGGAGUCAGUAUAUACCUGGAUGGGAUAUUACGAAAGACCCGUAUACUACCCCUCAACCGUUACGAGUAGUCCGUGGAACUAAACUCGAUUCUGGGUUCAUCUCCGAUCCCACUUCCCCCGAUAUCACCUGUUCGAUUGGAAACCAGAAGCUUCCUCCUGGUCCAAUUGAAGCCACAGUCGCAGCUGGUGGACAGGUCACGAUGCUCUGGAACACUUGGCCACUGGGACAUUACGGACCUGUUUUGAAUUAUAUGGCAAGGUGUCCCGGUAGUGAUUGUUCGACUUGGAAAGGUGAUUCUGGGUCGCCUUGGUUUAAGGUCCAACAAGACGUGUACAAGAAUGGGGAAUGGGCGUCUGACACGCUCGCGAAGGGUAAUUUUAGUUAUACGGUUAAUAUUCCGAGGAAUAUCGCGCCUGGGGCUUAUUUGUUGCGACACGAGAAUCUAGCUCUGCACGGUGCUAGUUCCGUCGGAGGAGCUCAGUUCUACCCAGUUUGUGUUCAGCUUACAGUCACCGGAGGCGGCUCGCUCAAGCCAUCCGGUCUGAGUUUCCCUGGCACAUACAAGGCUACUGAUCCUGGUAUUCUUUUCAAUGUUUACCAAGGCGAUGCUGCCAACCAGAAAUACGUCCCUCCUGGUGGAGCUGUUUAUUCUGGAUUGAACUGA